UUUGAUUCGCCUUCCCUUUUAUUUACUUCACCUCUCAAAUAAUUUUAAUUUUUUUCUCUAAAUGGGAAAAACGAAAAAAAGAAAAUUCGAUUUAUACGAGAUAGAGACAGAAUUGGUGGGAGAAGCGAGGGAACAGAGAGGAACUGCCGAUUCCUCGCUGUUUGAUUUUAUUUUUAUAAAUAUUGAAUUUUCUGGUGGCGUCUCCGGUAUCGCAGUUCGUCGCGAUCUCUCCAAACGGUGGCCGGAAUAGGAUUGAUUUUUUCUUCUCUUUUUUUUAGGCGGGAAUUGCUUUUCUUUUUUCUGAACGAAGAUGGUGAGCUCUAUAGUGGACAAAGCAACCAGCAGCAUGCUGAUCGGGCCUGAUUGGGCUAGGAAUCUUGAGAUCUGCGACAUGCUAUGUCGCGACCCUGUGCAAGCGAAAGAUGUUAUGAAAGGCAUAAAAAAGCGGCUUGGAAAUAAAAAUCCUAAAGUUCAACUUCUUACACUAACUCUACUAGAGACUAUUGUAAAAAACUGUGGGGACAUUGUCCAUAUGCAUGUUGCAGAGAGAGAUGUUCUCAGUGAUAUGAUUAAAAUGGUCAGGAAAAAGCCUGAUUUUCAUGUCAAAGAAAAGAUAUUGGCUCUGAUUGACACUUGGCAAGAGGCUUAUGGUGCAAAUUCAAGAUAUCCACAAUAUCAUGUUGCAUACCAAGAGUUAUUGCGUGCUGGGGCAGUAUUCCCUGAGAAGAAUGAGAGCUCUGCUCCUGUAUUUACUCCUCAAACACAACCUUUGUCUUAUCCCCAAAGUAUUCGUAAUCCUGAUAGGCAAGAGAGAGUAGAGAGAGUUGAGUCUUCUGCAGAGCCCGAUUUCCCAACCCUGAGUGUGACAGAAAUUCAGAAUGCACGGGGUAUUGUGGAUGUCCUUUCAGAAAUGAUAAAUGCAUUAGAUCCUGCAAACAAAGAGGGACUUAAGCAGGAGGUGAUUAUUGACUUAGUGGAGCAGUGCCGUGCCUACAAGCAAAGAGUUGUACACCUUGUUAAUUCAACAACGGAUGAAUCACUCUUAUGUCAAGGUUUAGCAUUGAAUGAUGAUUUGCAGCGUAUACUGGCAAAGCAUGAAGCGAUAGCUUCAGGAACUUAUCAAGCAGACAAAUCUAAGCCUGAAGCUGCAAGAGAACUUGUGAAUAGCACUGGUGGCCUAGUUGAUACCGUGGGCAACAGCAAACAGUCUGAGAGAAGAUCUAUCUCCAACACAAAUUCUCAAGCCCCUGCAACUAACGGUUCAACUCCUCCGGCACCAGUAAAUCCCAAAAUGGACCUUCUUAGUGGUGAUGACUACAAUAUGCCGAAGGCAGAUGAUUCACUUGCCCUUGUUCCUGUGGGAGAACCACAACAAAAUACUCCUGCGUCAUCACAGCAAAUGGCCCUCGUACUCUUUGAUAUGUUUCCUAACAGUAACAACACUUCUAAUUCUGUAAACACCCAAUCUUCAGGUUUGUCCGGACCACUAUAUCCUUUGGCUCCUCAAAUUCAGCAGCAGAACAUUUUGGCUCCUCAAAUUCAGCAGCAAAAUGGAAAUGCACCAAACAUCAGGUUACCUCGAUAUGAGCAAUCAUUUGCUCAGGGCUCAGGUCCUGCCUGGAACAAUCAGCUGGUUCAGCAGCAGCAGCAACAGCAGUCCCCGUCACCCGUCUAUGGUGCCCCGAGUAGUAGCUCACUACCACCGCCACCCUGGGAAGCAUCAGCGGCAGACCCUGGCCCAGUCACAGUUCCUCAGUUUCCCCAGCCACUGGUUACUCAAGUUGUUGCAACACACGGCCAACCUCCCUUAGGACCUCAACCUAUGGGAAGUGAACAAGUGGUGGGUAUAUACAUUCAGCCAAUCACAACCAGUCAUUUAUCGGCAGUUAAUAAUCAGCAACAGCCUGCUGUUUUCCCUCCCCAACAAGUCCAGGGACCGCAAUAUAAUAUCAGCAUGGUUCCACCACAAAUGGCAGUAGUUCCCCAGGCAAUGGCUCCAGUGUAUCCUCCUCAACAAAUGUAUGGUGGCCACCAAACAGUACCAUAUUGCAGCGGUUAUGGUGAACAACAACAAUAUCUUGAUCAGCAAAUGUAUGGGCUAUCCAUCAGAGACGACAAUGGUUCCACUUCAUCUUACAACCCACCAACCAGGCCUUCAAAACCAGAGGAUAGGCUAUUUGGAGACCUGGUUGACAUGGCCAAAAUUAAAUCAACAAAAACCAAUCCCGCAAGAUCUCGUACUGGUAGUAUGUGAAUCAUCAAUUUUUUUUUGUUACAUAUUUUUUGGUGACUAACUUGUAUACCUUUUUCUUGAAUAUGUAUAUAUUUUACUUUUCUAUUAAA